CGCCGCUCCCUCUGGUCACCUCGUGCCCGCGGACGAGCGCCUUCGACAAUCGCGCACGCGCACACUCGCACGCACUGCCCCGGGGCGCGACUUGUAAGUCUGAGGCUUGAGCGACGGGCCUCUCGUGUGGAGAGAUGAAGAUGCUGCUGGCGCUGUUGUCGGCGGCGGCAGCGAGCCUCGUGCCGGGGGCGCUGGCCGUGCCUGGCGAGCGCUCGGCCGUCAUGGGCGACCUGCACUGGUGCUCAACGCUGUGCCUGUGCCAUAAUGGGAUGGAGAUGCAGUGCUUCGACCGCAGCCAGAUCUACACGCUGCUGAAAAUCAACUCGCACUACGCCAUGAAGCUGGAGCGCGCCCAGUGGCUGCUGGAGGAGCGCGUGCACUGGUGCAACGACCUGUGCCUGUGCCACACCGGCAACAACAAGGAGUUCCAGUGCAUUGAAGAGAGCACACUCGAGGAGUUCAUCGGCGAGUCGGUGGACGGCGCCCUCCUGUACAGCACGCGGCCGCGGGAGGAGGCGGCGGCGGUGGACGAGGCGGACCAGCAGGAGGAGGCCAAGUCUGUGCGCAAGAGGAAGAGGCAAAGGAAGAACAAGAAGCGAGUGAGGGAGGACGAAGAGGAGGAGGAGGCCCUUGAGGACACCGCGGCUUCCGCGUACACGUCCAGCCCGCCCCAUGAAGACGCCCCCGCCGCCCAUACCACCACGCCCCUGCCCGCUGCCGCCCAGCCCUCGCCCGCAGAGCCUGAGGGCGACGCCGAGCUGUUGCCCAAGCAGGAGGCCGUCGCCGCCAGCCCCGCCGUGACCGCCAUGCAGCCGCCCACGCGCCGCCAGCCGUUCCCGCCCACGCCCCCCGCCACCCACGCCUCGCAUGCCUCCACGCGCGAGGGCGGUAGCCCCGCGCCGGAGGUGUCGGCCGUGAGGGAGGUGCCCGUCGAGCGCAAGACGGUGGCGCUGGAGGUGUCGCAGGACCUGGACAAACUGGGCAGCGAUGUCAAGCAGAUCAGGAGCGACGUGGUGCUCAACCAGCGCAUCCUGCUCGUCACCGUCGCCGUCGCCGGCAUCGCCAUGCUCGGAGUGCUGAUCCUGGCGGUGCACAGUUGCGCGCGCCGCCGCCAGAUGGCCGCCGAGGAGAAGCAGACGCGCGACCUGCCGAAGGACGACCACCACGUCACCAAGAUCAAGCGCGAAGAAGAAUGGUGACUAGGUCUUGGCUCCUCCUCCUGCAUCACCUCGCCUCCUACGCGCAUUUGGGAGACCAGAGACUCCUCGGGGGCGGUCAUCUCCACUCAGUGGGAGGUGUCGACGGACGCCCUCGCCCGCAACGGGAAGCACGCCAGCUGGGAGGAGUCGACGGCCUUCCGGGAGGUGUCUGCCGGCGGUCCUGGGCGCUUCAAGGUGUCCAGGGUGUGACGGGGACGCUGCACACACUGCCACACACACCACACGCUUCCCUUCGCUUCUUUUUGAACACGCCCUUGCUCUGUUCGCUUUUCUUUUCUUCGAUUUUCUUUCUUUCUCUCUUUCCUUCUUUUAUUUUAGUUUUAGUUUUCUUUGUUUCUUCUUCGACUUGUCUUCCUUUCAGUAUUUCUCUCCUUCUGUAUUCAGGUUAGGCAUUUUUCCUAACAGAUCUCACCGCGCGUUUUUCUUUAUUUUCUUUUUUUAUUCUUUUUUUGAGAAGGAGGAGUCACAAGAGCUUUUUUUUUUUACUAAAAAAUUCCAUAUUAGAAUUAUCAUUAUAUGAUAGACUAGAUUAUUAUACAUAUCUCAGCGACAGUUAACCCCGUGAGAAUUACCAAAAAAACACCUCAAUAUCACAAGUUAUUUUUACUUAUUAUUCUCGCGCGGUUUCUGUUCCAGCACUGUUCACUUAUUUUAAACGUAGUGUAGUUUAUAUUGAUUUUUUUUCACAAGUAUACAAGUAUACCAGAUAUGUAAAUGUACCAGACGCGUAUGUAUAUAGAACAGGGAUUCCUAAAGUUUGCAAAAGGGUAUGCCAAUUGUAAUAAAUAUUUUCCAUUUAUGAGUUCGAAGUCAGAGGGUAAAGAUUUUUUUCCGCUAAAGGUAAGAUGAUCAAGUAACAGAGAAUGACUUGAAAACUAAAAAAAAAACGGGAAAUUACAACCAGUAGGCCUAUACUUUUUUGAGACUUUUUUAUUUUUUGGAAUCGCUGGUUAUAGACAUUUAAAAAAAAGGUCGUGUUGGGAGUGCAUACAUUACCAGCUUGUGUAUAUAUAAACAGACAGACGCAGAAGAUAGCCCCACGUGUACUGGUAUUAGACUUAACCCAACCGCCCCGGAUUUAUGUUCUUCACCUGUAUUUUUUGUGAAUUUUGUUACAUACAGAUGGCUCCACAUGCGCUCAGCCGGCAAGGAGUCUAUCAGUAGGCCGUAGUGACCGAUCCUAAUUUCCCCAUUCCUUGAAUUGGCCGGAAAAUGUGUUUUUCUUUAUAAAUGCAAUUGAUAUCGAUACUGUUAUCAUUUUUAUCGAUGUUAUGAUUUAAGACAAUGAAAUAAUGCAAAAGACUCUUUCCGAAAGUCGAGGAAAAGGGUAAGCAGGUGAGAUAGGUAGGAAUAAUGACGGUCUCUUUGGUGACUAAGCACUUGUAGAGCCAUCUAUGUGUAAAUACAAUGAAUAAAUUUGUAUUACAGUGGGCAUGGCAUGUGUUCUUGUCAUACGUGCCGAUUGGGUUAAAACUAAACGCAGAAAAAGUGUACAUACAAAACCAGAUCGGGAGGUAAUAUUGUAGUAACGAGUUGUAUGUGAGAGAGCCGGGAGGAAGUGCCUUGUUUAAUUCUUAUAGUGUAAGACUUUGUAUUUUUAUUCUGAACGUUUCUUCUACCCCCCCUUUUUCUUCAUCUCGAAACACACGUCUACACAAAAUGUCUUCUCUUACAUACACUUCAAUAAAAAAAAAAAAAUGAAUACAAAAAAAUAUAUAAAACAUUAUAAAACAAAAGUGAUGAUAAAAAAAAAAAAACUUUUAUACAACAGCUUCAUUUUUUUACGUGUAAAUGUGAGUGUAAAUAUUAAUACGUGAACACUGAGCCUUGUAUGUUGAAUGUCCUAAUUUUGCAAAAAUUAAAAUGUCUUUUGUAUUGUAACCAUUCCCUCUUUUCACAAGAUCCGAAUUAUACCCCCUCUUUUUAAGCAUUUGAUUUAUUUUUAUUAUUUCUGAAUAUUUACCUUUCUUUUCUUAGCACACCCUUCCUUGUAUUAUGAUUCAGUAUAUGAUGAGUAUGUUUUAUAUAAUGUUUCCUUUUAUGUUUAGAUGUAUUAGUGUCUUUAUACUAAUAAGGAAAUAAAACAUUAUCCAAGUAAUAUCUUACAUUAUGAAAACUUUUUUAAAUCAAAUAUUAUAUCAGCAUUUUGAUAUUAUUAUUGUUCUUGUAAUUGAUAUUAUGUCUAUAAUUAACAGAAUUUUUGUAUGAAAAGCAUUACCAUCACUUUUAUAUUCAAUUCUUUUGGUUUUACAGCAAUCACUGUAACUUCAUAAUUGAUCCAACCAUCACAAUCAUAUCACUGUUAUCACCGUUAAUAAAAUCCAGAUAUCUGUUUUUCCUUUGCAAAAUUCGAUACCACUUUCCUUUUUUUUUUACAUACAUAACAGUAGGACGACAAUAGGGCACCGUCAUGUACUUACUCUGUUAGACCUUUAUAUGUUGAUAAGUCUGCGUGUCGAUAUCCCGAGUGUUGGACUUGUUAGUACCUAAUUCAAAGCAUAAGUAUUUAGCCUCUAGUCUUAAUUGUAAUUUAUGAAUAAAUAAAGUGGACAAAAGAUA